AUGGACAAGAUUGACAAGCUACCUGACAUCAUCAUUAUAGAUGAAGAGGAUAUUGAUGACCUGGUUGAGGCGAUUUCAAAGCUCGAGUGCGACCUUAUGGCCUACCCCGGCAAUCGUGGUCCUUUAUCCUCGGAGGAAGAAAACGCUGUUGACGGACAUCUCUAUGUCAUUGGACUUGCACACAAUUCUCUCAUGGACGCUAAAACGCAGGAAGAGAAAAAGGCCAGCCCUAGCUGCACUAGUUUGCUAAAGAUCGAGCUCGCCUGUAAAAAGUUGAAGGUCAUAGAAAUACAUUUCGAAAAAAUCAAAGGUUGGAAUUCCAGAGUCAAGGCGGCGCUGGGUAUAGAUUAA